AUGGAUCAACACGAAGAGGAGAUUUAUUACAUGCAACAAUACUCUAGACGAGACUGUGUGGAAAUUGCUGGUCUACCUCAGCAGAUGGGAGAGAAUACCAACGACCUUGUUAUCAAAUUUGGCGCGUUAAUAGGCUUAAGCCUAAGCGAAACCGACAUUUCCGUCAGUCAUCGUCUACCACAAUCCACUGGAAAGGAAAGUUAUAGUUCUAGGCUGAGACCUAGAGAUGGAGCUGCGUCUAGCAGCUUAAAUGCUGCUAAUCAGUUUCCUAAAGUCAUCGUAAAGUUUACCAGAAGAGAAGUAAAGGAAGCUUUUUAUAACGGGCGAAAGCACCUGCGUGAUAAGACAACACAGGAUAUCGGCAUGG